AUGAUAAAGGCAAAUGUCACCGACACCAACGACAACGCGCCGACCUUCCAGAGCACGGCCUACUCGUUCGAUGUCCCGGAGAACGUGCCGAGGGGCAGCCGUGUUGGUCAGGUCGUAGCAACGGACGUCGACGCCGAGGGGCCCAACAGCCAUCUGAGCUACGUGCUCAUCUCCGACUGGGCGAACGACGUGUUCUCGCUGAAUCCAAGCACCGGCGUGUUCACGCUCACCGCGAGCCUCGACUACGAACAGGUGCAGCACUACAUCCUCGUCGUGCAAGCGACGGAUGGCGGUGUGCCGGUGCUGUCGUCCACCGUGACGGUAUACUGCAACGUUGUCGAUCUGAACGACAACGCACCGAUCUUCGAAACCGGGCCGCACGCGGCCGACAUCGUGGAGAACGCGACUGUCGGCACUCCCGUGCUCACCGUGACCGCCCAGGAUCUAGACUCCGGCGACAAUGGCAGGGUCAUCUACGCCGUCGCCGGAGGCGACGAGGACGGUGACUUUGGGGUGGCCCACAACGGCACCCUCUUCACGCGUCGGGCGCUCGAUCGCGAGCGGAAGCCGGUCUACAAUCUGGUGCUGAGCGCUACUGACAGUCCACUACCGCCGGCGCGGUCAUUGUCCUCCACAGUACAGGUGACGGUGGUGCUGCUGGACGUGAAUGACAUGUCGCCGGAAUUCAUAUCACCCACGAAAAUAUCGAUAAUUGAAAACGCGCCGAGUAACUCGGUGGUGAUGGCAAUAAAAGCCAUCGACCGGGAUGAGGGUCGGAACGGUUACGUUGAGUACUCGCUGAGGGAUGACGGUAAUUUACCGUUUACCCUUGGCCCGGUGGACGGGCUGUUGCGGGUCUCCGGGCCAUUAGACCGCGAACAAAGAUCCAACUACACCCUGGAAGUCACCGCCAAAGAUCGUGGCGAGCCGCCAAGGUCGUCGACGACCAUCGUCUCUGUUACGGUGCUCGAUGAAAACGACAACUCACCGGUGUUCGAGCCUAGGCAGUACUUCGCCACCAUCGCCGAGAACGCCAGCAUCGGCGCCAGUGUGCUCCAGGUGUCGGCGAUGGAUCGCGAUGAGGGUGCGAACGGCAGGGUGCGGUACAGCAUUGCGAUGGGGGACGAUAAUCGGGACUUUACGAUCUCAGAAGAUGGCGGCGUGAUACGAGUGGCGAAGAACCUGAACUUCGAGCGCAAGUCCCGGUACGAUCUGACAAUCCGCAGCGAGGAUUGCGCGGCGGAAGUUGGAAAAGUGCCGCGCGGCGACACGGCCCAGGUCACCAUCACCGUGCUCGACAUAAACGACAAUGCACCGGUCUUCCUCGAUUCGCCAUAUCUGGCACACGUUAUGGAGAAUAUGGUGCCGCCGGGUGGCGGUUUUGUGAUACAGGUUAAAGCGUACGACGCAGACACUCCACCGUACAACGAUCAAGUGAGGUACUUCCUCAAAGAGGGUGACACGGAUCUAUUCCGCAUAAACGCGAGCACCGGCGACAUAUCGCUUCUUCGUCCAUUGGAUAGAGAGUUGAUACCCGAAUACACGCUCACUCUAGUGGCUAUGGAUACUGGCUCGCCGCCUCUCACCGGAUCUGGCAUCGUCAGGAUCGUCGUCCUCGACGUGAACGAUCACAGCCCCGAGUUCGCGCGGCAGGACUACAAGGCCACCGUGGUGGAAAACGCGCCCGCCGGAACUUGGGUCACCAAGCCGCACGCCACGGACAAGGACGAAGGAUUUAAUGCGAAAAUAAGCUACAACCUACUUGGAGACAAAGCGGAGCGGUUUUCUGCAGACCCCGACACGGGCGAGGUGUUCACCACGAUGCCAUUGGACCGCGAGCAGACUGCUGUAUAUUAUUUGACCCUGGUGGCUAGAGACUCGAGCCCGACGGAGCCGCGUGCCUCCGCUGUGAAUCUGACGAUCUACGUGACGGACGUGAACGACAAUGCGCCCCGUUUUUCCAGUCCCCGGUACACAGCCUACGUUCCAAGCGCAACCAAACCAGGCGACUUCGUCUUCGGCGCGAAAGCAAGCGACGACGAUGACGGCGAGAACUCGCGGAUUGUUUACCGGCUGCACGGCAAGGACACCGAUCAAUUCACCAUUGAUCUCAACAAUGGCGUGAUCCGUGCUACCCAGGAACUGAUCGGCGACCAGACCACCUAUCAACUGCAGAUACAGGCGUCGGACUGCGGUGCCGAGCCCCAGCACGUCACCGCCGAUCUGGUGAUCCACUUGUGGGAGCGGCAGCUGUUCCCCAGAUUUCAAUCGAGCGUCAACACGAGCUUCACGCUGUCUGAGGACGUGCCCGAAGGCAAGGUGAUCACCAAGCUGAGCGCUACCACACCAAAGACUGGACCGACAAGCAAUUUGAGCUACGGCAUGGCUGGCGGAAACGUGGGGGAUGCUUUGAGAAUUGCUCCUCACACUGGAGAGGUCGUGGUUGCCUCUGGCUUUGAUUAUGAGACGGCUCCGCACUACGAAGCCUGGAUUGAAGUUUGUGAUUCGGAUACGCCCGCUCUGCGCAGCGUUCUUCAACUUUUGGUGAACGUCACGGACGCCAAUGAUAACGCACCGGUCCUGGAAGCGGCCAUUUACAACGCGACCGUGAUGGAGGAAGAGUAUCCACCGUUGUUCGUCGGCAAGGUAUCCGCAAGAGAUCGCGAUUCCGGAGAGAACGGCCAGAUCACUUAUCAUCUAAUCGACGACUUCUCCGAGUCUUUCAUCAUUGACAGCAGCACUGGGCAGAUCGAGACCAAUGCCAAAUUGGACCGCGAAGAGAUUGCGUCUUACGAACUGAUCGUGGAAGCCAGAGAUCAAGGUCACCCCCGAUUAACCGGUACCGCCACGGUGCUGGUUACUGUUCUGGACAAGAACGACAAUCCGCCGCACUUCACGCGACUGUUUAGCGUAAACGUGACGGAGAACGCGGAAAUUGGCACGUUCGUUAUACGCAUGACCAGCAGUGACCGAGACAUCGGUCAGAACGCGAACGUCAGUUAUAGCUUUACUGAUAAUCCAGGAGAAAAGUUCUCCAUCGACGCCUUAAGUGGAAACGUGACCGUGGCUGGGCAGCUCGAUAGAGAGGAUCAGGAUGAGUAUCUACUGAAGGUCGUAGUAGCAGACCGCGCAUGGCGAGCAGAGACUCCCCUGACGAUCACCAUUCAGGACCAGAACGACAACGCGCCUGAGUUUGACAAGAAGACCUAUCAUUUUCAUUUCCCCGAGCUCCAGCCGCGGGUGGCACAUGUUGGCACAGUCGCGGCUACCGAUCGCGACAAACAGGGACCGAACUCCGUUAUAUCUUACAGCCUGCUGCAACCGUCCGAUCUCUUCACUGUUGAUCCGGCGACCGGCGACGUCUUCAGCAAGCGUACCCUACGUUACAAGCACACGCAUCGGCCAUCCUCGCCGGAGAAUCUGUACUCGCUGACAGUAAUCGCCACCGAUAACGGCAAGCCGCCGAUGUCCUCGAGAACAAUGGUGCACGUGAACGUGGUAGAUGCCAACAACAACGCGCCUCGUUUUGAGCAGAGGUCUUAUCUGUCCCCAGUGCCAGAGAAUUAUGGAGUAGGCAAACGCAUUAUUCAGCUGAUCGCCCGUGAUGACGCCGACUUCGGCGUGAACGCGGAGGUCAGUUAUUCGCUGGAGAACGUGAACGGUACCGACGACCUGUUUGCCAUCGAGGAACAAUCUGGCUGGGUUUACGUGCGCAAGAACCUUAACGGCAUUCCCAUCGGCGCGGUGUUCCUGCUGAAAGCCCGCGCCACCGACAAAGGCGUGCCGCCGCAAAAGGAUGAAAUCGUUCUGACUCUCGUAAUCUCUGGCGAGAACCGACACGCGCCCGCCUUCGCCGCCGUCAGUUAUCAAGUCAGAGUACCGGAAAACGAGCCAAUUAACACCACGAUUCUAACGGUGAGCGCCGAGGACGGCGACAGCGGACCCAACGGCAUGAUCCGCUAUAGGAUCUCGGCCGGCAACGAGAGAAAUGAAUUCUUCGUGCAUUCUAUCACCGGCGCGGUCACCAUACUCGAGCCCCUCGACUACGACUUGGUGCAGGAAUACCGGCUGAACAUCACCGCCACGGAUCUGGGAUUCGAGCCGAAGCAAGUGGUAGCCACCUUAACUGUCAAUGUCUCCGACAUCAACGACAACCCUCCAACCUUCAAUCAGAGUGUCUAUGAAGCGUUCUUACCAGAAAAUUCGCCACCUGAUACUUUCGUUUACAAGGUGAUCGCCCGAGACAUCGACUCACCCAAGUAUGCUAUAGUGCAGUACGAGAUCCUGGGCGGCACCGGCAAAGACCAUUUCCGCAUCCGCAGGGAUACUGGCGAAAUCACAUCGGACGCCAGUUUCGAUUAUGAAGAAGCGAACGAAUACAAUCUUGAUAUCGUUGCAUCCAAUCCGGACUCGUCGCAGAUGGUCGGCUUCACAACCGUGGUGGUGCACAUCACCGGCGUGAACGAGUACUAUCCGCACUUCAUUCAACCCGUAUUUCACAUGGACGUGUCGGAGAGCGCCGAGGUGGGCACGUCGGUUGGCGUAGUCCAGGCAACCGAUCAGGACUCGGGCGAAGACGGCCGUGUGUACUAUCUCUUCGUGGGCUCGUCUAAUGAUCGCGGCUUCUCGAUCGGUUCGGAUACUGGCAUUAUUCGAGUGUCGCGUCGGCUCGAUCGUGAGACACAGAAUCGCGUGGUGUUGACGGUGAUGGCGAAGAACGGCGGUGGUAUACGCGGCAACGACACUGACGAAGCUCAGGUGAUCGUUUCCAUCCAGGAUGGCAACGAUCCGCCUGAGUUUCUGCAGAGUACCUACAACGCCAACGUGUCGGAGGGUGUCGCCCAGGGCACCCUCGUGCUUAUAGUUCGCGCGAUCGACAAGGACAUCAAGCCGCAGAACAAUCAGUUCUUGUACUCUAUCAUCAGCGGCAAUCUCGACGAGGCUUUCAAAGUCAAUUCACAGAACGGUGAAGUCGAAACGGCGAAGAAACUGGAUCGCGAGACCGUACCCACGUACGAUCUGACGAUUGGCGCGAUCGACAGCGGUUCGCCACCGCAAACUGGCACCGUGAUGGUGCACAUCGAGCUAAUGGACGUGAACGACAAUGGCCCGGUUUUCGAUCCACCGAAAGUAGUCGGCUAUGUAAGCGAGAACGAAUCGAUAGGUACCAGCAUCAUGACUUUGAGUGCGACCGAUCCCGAUCUGCCGCCCAAUGGUGCACCGUUCACCUACAGAUUGAUCGAAGGAGAACAGAGCAACAUGGUGACCUUGGACAAGCAUUCGGGUAUACUGAGAACCACUACGAACCUCGAUAGAGAAACAAUGCCACAGCUAAAGCUGAAGGUUGUAGUGGAGGACUCGGGUAUACCUCGAAUGAAGAGCGAGCACAAUAUCGUCGUAAUCGUCACCGAUCAGAAUGACAACCCAUCCACACCAAGGUCGGUGCAUGUGAUCGUGUACUCGUUUAACGGCGAUACACCGCUAGGAAAGAUCGCCGACGUGCACCCGAACGAUCCGGAUAUCAUCGGGGCUUUCUCGUGCAAGAUUCUUCAAGGCCCGAACUCGAAUGUGCUCACCAUCCCCACUGCUUGCGAUCUGCACACCAACAAGAUUUCAUCAGCCGGCUAUUCUUUGAGCGUCUCCGGUAACGACGGACGACAUCCGAAUGUGAUCUCCAAGGUCACCGUCGAGUUCCUGAUCUUCUCGAACGCCACGAUCGAGAACAGUGCGACUCUGCAAAUUAUUAAAAUGAUCGCUAAUGAUUUCCUCAGUCAAUACUACCGGGCUCUCUUGGAUCUUCUGCAGGAGAAGCUCGAUGUUGGCGAUACACUUACCAUUUUCAGCAUUGGUGAAAACGGACCGGACUUAAAUGUUCACUUGGCGGUGAAAUCUUCGCAAGAGUAUCGAACGAGGAACGAGGUGACUGAUCUGUUGAAGCGCAAUCGAGACGAAAUCCAAACGCUGCUCAAAAAUAACUCCUUUAUCGUCGGUUAUUCUCCGUGCGAACAUAUGCCGUGCGAAAACGGGGGUAGCUGCAGCGACCGGUUGACCAUAUACGACGACGCCAGGAUCACCGACAGCCAGGCGCUAAUCCUGACGUCGCCCAGAAUGAUGCACGAGAGAUCCUGUAAGUGUCGGGAUGGCUACACCGGUGACAGAUGCGAAAGAAGACAGGAUCCAUGUUUUCCGAAUCCCUGUUUGCUGGGAGGACAAUGCCGACGUUUGGGAUACGAUUUUCAAUGCACUUGUCCUAUCGAUCGCGAUGGCAAGCUGUGCGAGCUCGAGAGAGGCGAUGCAUGUGCCAGCAAUCCGUGUCGAAACGGCGGAUCGUGUAGAAAGAGCCCGGACAGCUUCAGCUUCUUCUGCCUCUGCAGGGCGGGCUACAGAGGAAAUCACUGUGAGGCAGUCACAGAUUCCUGUCGACCGAAUCCUUGCUUGUACGGUGGCUUAUGCGUAGGAGAAAAACCUGGAUAUCGAUGUAGCUGUCCCGAGGGUCGUUACGGCCGGCAUUGCGAGCGUUCGACCUUUGGUUUCGACGAGUUGUCGUAUAUGGCAUUCCCAGCGUUAGACACCAACACGAAUGACAUCACCAUCGUGUUUGCCACCACGAUGCCGGAUGCGUUGCUGCUGUACAACUAUGCGUCGCAGUCGGGUGGCCGCUCGGACUUUGUCGUGUUGGAGCUGAUAAGCGGCCUAGUGGUUUUCUCGUACGGCGGUGCCAGAAGCGCGAUCGGCACCGUCACUAUCAAGACGAAGCGACCGGUGUCGGACGGCGAAUGGCACAAGGUCACCGCCACCAGGAACGGCAAAGUUCUCUCGCUCAGCGUGUCCACCUGCAGGGAACACGGCGAUGUCUGCGACGAUUGCAGACCCGGCGAUCGUACCUGUUACGCGGACGGCACGGGCCCAACUGGGGCCUUGAACUUUAACAAUAACCCUCUCUUACUGGGCGGCUUGGAGAACGCUGAUCCCGUGUUAGAACGUCCGGGCCAAGUUCACUCUGACGACUUCGUGGGUUGUGUUCACUCGGUUUCGAUAAACGGAAGGGCCUUGAAUCUGACGAAUCCACUCGCGUCGCGUGGCGUGAAGUCCACGUGCAUCAGAUCGCAGCGGAAUCCAUGCCUGAGAGACGAGCAGGACGCUGUGUCUGUCUGCGGCGUGAACGCCCAAUGUCAUGACAACUGGCAUCAAGUGAUGUGUCAGUGCGGAUCUUUGAUAGCGCCCAAUUGCUACGGUGCCCUGGAACCCAUCACGUUGAGUGAGGGAGGAUUUAUCGAGUUUAAGAUUUCAGAGAAACACAGAAGGAUGCAAUUGUUGGAGUAUAUCUAUAAUGGAUCAACAGCAUGGCACAAGAAUCGCUUGAAGCGUGAGGACACGAGCUCGUCAACAUAUCUUUCUCCCCCGAAGACAAUCAGUUUGAUGUUCAGAACCGUGAAGUCUGAUGGUAUCCUGAUAUACGCCGCGACAAAUAAGCAUUUUACAUCCGUAGAGCUUCGCAACGGCCAAUUGAUUUACAUGUCUCUGCUCGGAUCACCGGUGAACAUGUCGAUCAACAUUGAGGGUGGUCUCGCGGACGGACGUUGGCAUAAUCUGACUCUCUAUGCCUACGCUCGAGGAUUAAGAUUGUUGGUCGAUGGUACCUUGACAGGCGACGAAUUGGACUUGGCAGGGGUUCACGAUUUUCUCGAUCCAUAUUUGUCCGUCUUGUCGAUCGGUGGAGUCAGCCAGGACCUCUAUUAUGCUCACAGCGCUGGUUCUAGGAGCUUCGAAGGUUGUCUGGCCAACUUUACCAUCAACAACGAGGUGCAAUCAUUCAACGGCUCCAGUUCUAUCUUCAAAGAUGUGCUAUAUCAUGGCAAAGUGAGCAUCGGAUGCAGAGGACCGAUCGGCAUUGGAGCGGCUGCGGCCGCGGACCCUCUCAGUAUUGGUAUCACUCUGGUCAUCGUCUUCUUCGUCAUCCUGUUAAUUGCCAUUCUGGUGAGCUUCAUAGUGUUCCGACUGCGCCGCCAAAACAAGGAGAAGUCGGCGCCGUCGGUUGUCAACAAGAAUACCAAUGCUAUCAUGACCGGUAACCCGCUGGUCGGCCCCGGAAACGAUAAUCUCAUGUCCCGUCAUGAGAACACGUACAUCUCCGACACAUCGGAUCUGCGCGGCGUCGGUCACAUGGGUCCUGAGCUGAUCUCGAAGAAAUACAAGGAGCGCGAGAUCAACUCUACUACCGAGCACCGACCGCAACGACCAGAUAUUAUCGAGCGGGAAGUCACCAAGUCGCCUCCUAUCCGCGAUGAGCAUCUACCGUUACCGCCCACUCAAACCUCCCUCCAUUCGCACGAGCAUAACCCGGAACCCGACAUCCCGGAACAUUACGAUUUGGAGAACGCUAGUUCCAUCGCGCCCAGCGACAUUGACAUCGUAUAUCAUUACAAGGGUUAUCGCGACGGCAUGAGGAAGUACAAAGCCACUCCGCCUCCUAUAGGUAAUUAUGGCAACCAUCAUAAGCACACGGGGCAACAGCAUCGCCAUACCGGACCCUUCCCACCGCGAGCUAUGCCACCGCCCAACGUGAACCAACCACCCGGACCGGCGCCCAAAUUGCUCCAAAGUACUCCUCUGGCGAGAUUAUCUCCCAGCAGCGAGUUGUCCGCGCAACAACCGCGGAUUCUCACGCUGCACGAUAUCAGCGGGAAACCGCUGCAAAGCGCGCUGCUGGCCACCACGUCCUCAUCCGGCGGUGUCGGAAAGGAUGCGUUGAAUUCCAAUAGCGAGAGGAGCCUGAACUCACCCAUCAUGAGUCAACUGUCAGGCUCAACCGCUAGCAGAAAGGCCCCGCAGUCCAACAAUGAGAAUUCGGUGAACAACGUGUCAUCGGGUCCGAUGGGUCUCACGGCAGAGGAGAUCGAACGACUCAAUUCCCGUCCAAGAACCUCCAGCCUGGUCUCCACUCUGGACGCUGUGAGCUCCUCCAGUGAGGCCAGGGGCCCUCCCGCGCACGGACCUCUCCAUCACCACCGGCGUCACACGCCUCCCGUGGAGAGGCUCGAGCGACGGAACUCGUCGACCACCGACGAGAGCGGCAACGAUAGCUUCACCUGCUCGGAAAUCGAGUACGACAACGGGUCGCUGGUGGGCGACAAACGGUCCGACAACCUGUUCGCCAAGCAGGAUGACGAGGGGAGCAGCCCGCAGGGGAGAAGUAAUGUCGAGUCGUCGCAGUCAACGAAACCGCCGUUGCCGCCGAACGUCGGUAACUACGACGGCUUCGACAGUUCAUUUCGCGGCUCUCUCAGCACCCUCGUUGCCUCGGACGACGAUCUGUCGACCCACAUGGGUGGUCUUCUCUACGGUGGCCACGCCAGUAACGGCUCGCCUACCACCACUACCACCACCACCGCCGCCGCCGAGGACGCUCUCAGCUGGGACUAUCUGCUCAACUGGGGACCCAACUUCGAGAGCCUCGUCGGCGUGUUCAUCGACAUCGCCGAGCUACCGGACAGUACCAGUCGAGUACCCAGAUUACCGGCGAAUAUCCCCAAACCGUCUGAGGAAUACGUUUGAAACGGGUCCUCGGAUUUGAUGCCGGGACAAUUUAGUGAACAAUAGUAGUUUAGUGACCGUAAGAAUUAUUUCGGGGAAAUUGUAGAGACUCCUCGCCCUGAGGAAACGCGCGAGAUCCACUUAGGAAUGUUAUCGAAUUGUUUUGCUGCUCGUUUAGCUUGAUUAGUCGAACGUUUGUAAAUCGAUAGUAUAAAUAGCGACAUCCAGUCUUGCGAAUUUGGAUGAUCGAAUGUGGGUUUGAGUGAUACGAGAAUACGUUUGAGAAAAAUGCUGGCGAAGAGUGUUCGUGAAAAGUCGUUGCAACGUUUAGGAGUUGCAGCGAGGUGCCGCGUCGAACGCGUGAUCAUCUUGCCAUAAAAUGUAAAGAGAGAGAGACUCGUUGUUUUCUAUCGUACUCUUUAUCUCGCAAAUUUCUCUUUUUUUUUGUAAAUAUUGAAUGACACAUGUCUAAUCAAAACGAUUCGCUCGCGCGGAGCGCGCAAUAUCUAUCUUUAGUUACACGAUUGAUCGUAUUACAAAAAUUUUCUUACGACAUAAUACCACGUAUU